GCGGCCUCUGGUUGAAGGAGAACUAUCGACAACAGACAUCGACAACAACCGCCCUACAUGCACAAGUAAACAGCCUUGUUCCAUUUAACACGGCACAGCGACAUUGGAUUGCGAAGGCGAUAGCUAAUCCUGUCAUCAUGAAGGCCUCAUCCAGCCGCUUCUUAGUGGCUCUCUUCACUAUCUUCGCCUUUGCCUUCACAGCGACAGUCGCCUCCCAAAGCCUACAUAAUCAAGCCGAAAAAGAUCUUCCAGACUUGACUUGGUUUCAAAGACUAAAGGACGGCACUCUGCGCUUCCUCGGCGGCAAACACGCUGAUAAACAGCAAGCUCAUCGCGCUCCCACCCUCGAUACCCUGCGACAACGAUACGCAAACGAAGUCGUUCUGCGCUUCAAUGUUUCAUCAACCCAUGAGGCGAAAGCCCUUUCAGAAUCUUCCUCGCAACUUUUCCUCGACAUUUGGUCGGUCGCAGAAGAUUACAUCGAUAUUCGCCUUCACACCGACGAAGUUGGUCCUCUCCUCGGCCUCCUCCCAGCUUCCCUACAAUCAUCACAUACUACAUUGAUAUCCGACCUUGCUCUAGCUGUCUACAAAGGCAUACCCCACGAUGAGCCAAAGUUUCCUACGGAAGUGAACAUUAAGCUAGCGUCUCUCUCGUCAUCUGCCAUCGACAACCUGUUCUUCCAAGAUUAUCAGCCUCUGGACGUUAUUGAGCGCUGGAUGCGACUUUUGGAAGCCAUGUUUCCAUCACACGUCGAAUACAUCUCCGUUGGAGAAUCUUAUGAAGGUCGGGAAAUCCCUGCUCUGAGAGUUGGCUUUGCUCGCUCUAAUGAGCGUGGCCCUCGCAAGACGCUCGUUGUUAUGGGGGGCCUCCACGCUCGUGAAUGGAUCUCCACCACAACAGUCAACUACGUUGCUUGGUCGUUUAUCACAUCGUUCAACAAAGAGCCCAUGAUCACAAAAUUCUUGUAUAAUUUUGAGGUUUUGUUCAUUCCCGUAAUGAACCCAGAUGGUGUCAAGUACUCGUGGGAUGUUGACAGACUUUGGCGCAAGUCAAGACAGCACACCAAUUUCCGAUUCUGCCGAGGGCUCGAUCUUGACCACGCCUUUGGUUUUGGAUGGGGGUCAUCUAGUGUUUCUGACCCCUGCUCUGAAAGUUAUGGCGGCGAAGAGCCUUUCCAAGCCGCUGAAGCUGCAUCUAUCGCAGACUGGGCUCGCAACGAAGUCGCCAAUAACAAUGUAAAGUUUGUGGGAGUUUUAGAUCUGCACUCAUAUUCUCAGCAAAUCCUUUAUCCAUAUUCACACUCCUGCUCCGUCGAGCCACCCAACCUCGAAAACCUGGAAGAGCUUGCCGCCGGUAUCGCCAAAGCGAUCCGCCUCUCCAACGGGCAGAGCUAUAGCGUGGCUUCUGCAUGUGAAGCUACAUCCGCCAACAACCUUAGAGGCUCUGGGGGAUUUGCAUCGCGCAUAGAGCCCGGAGGUGGCUCCGCCAUUGACUGGUUCUAUCACGAUAUGAGCGCACACUUCAGCUAUCAAAUUAAGCUCCGCGACACUGGAAGUUAUGGCUUCCUUUUACCGAAAGACCAGAUUAUCCCUUCUGGUGAGGAGAUUUUUGAUGCUAUGAAAUAUGUAGGAGAUUUCCUACUGGGUAAUAACGGUAUUGAACGAGCACAGACGACACAUUCACAAAACAGCGACCACAAAGACGUCGAUAGUGACAAUGAGAUCGAGGUUGAGCUGAGGCGGCGGGUGGAGAGAACAUUUUGA